CCGUCAUCCAGUGACCCUGUUAUUACUAGUGGGGACCACCGCUCCAAGCUGGAUAACCUGCCCACUUGACCGGAACUCCCCCUCAUUCCGUUGUCCCAAGUUAUCAACGGCCCCAGACGCAAAAGCCCUAUUUCGCUAGGGAGACCUAUGGCGAAAUGAGGAGCAUCGAAGACGCAAGGCAACGAUGGAACACCUUGUUUCGCGACAAUGACACGACCUCCGAUCUUCGAGCCACACUGAGAACAGAACAAGGGGAUACUUUUUGUAAUGACGGACUACGGUCGAUCUGUUGGAAGGCCUUUCUGCUUUUCGACAACCUUGACCGGUCACAAUGGUCGCGCAAACUCGCUGAAUCGCGAAGUGCCUAUGUCGCACUACGGGACCAUUUUCUGAAGUACAUCGAUCAUCCGGACGAUUUGCAGUCUACUGUUGAUCCGCUGGCGGAUGAUGAACAGUCUCCUUGGCAAACCCUGCGACAGGACGAGCAAUUGAGAGCCGAUAUAUCGCAGGAUGUCGACAGGUGCUUACAGGAGAAUUUCUUUUUCCGCGAACCUGCCACCAAGGCGAAGAUGAUCGAUGUUCUCUUUAUCUACUCGAAACUGAACCCCGACCUUGGCUAUCGCCAGGGGAUGCACGAAAUUUUGGCGCCAUUGCUGUGGGUCAUUGAUCGCGAUGCGAUUAAUCCAGGGUCAGUGGAGGGAGUUGAUCCGACGGACAAGUUUGAUGAGGACUUGCUUCAUUUAUUGAACGCCGAUUAUGUGGAGCAUGAUUCGUUCGCACUCUUCUGUUCGGUCAUGCAGACCACCCGACUGUAUUACGAACAUGACAGGCACCGGUCUCCAGGGGGUCAAAUGGAUGUUAUUCCAAUUGUGAGCCAGUGUCAACGUAUCCACGACGAGCUUUUGGUUACAACGGAUUUGGAGCUGGCGGGCCACCUCCAGGCUCUCGAAGUUCUUCCACAGAUUUUCCUUACCCGGUGGAUGCGUCUCUUGUUUGGUCGGGAAUUCCCGUUCCAAGAGGUGCUCGUUGUUUGGGACCGGCUCUUUGCCGAGGGACUGCGGUCAGAACUCGUGGACUUCGUAUGCAUUGCGAUGCUCCUACGGAUUCGUUGGGAACUGUUAAGGAGUGAUUCCUCAACGGUUUUAACAACCCUUCUCCGCUACCCCGCUCCCCAGCCUCACGCGCCACAGAGCUUUGUGCACGAUGCAUUGUAUCUGGAACAGGACCCAACUCCCGAGAGGGGAAGUUUCAUCAUCGCGAAGUAUUCAGGAAAACCGCCUGAUCUCAACAAGCAGCUCACCCUGCUGAAUGCCAAGCGGUCCCACCUCCGCGACGAUCUGCAGAGCACAAGCGAGUCAACGUCUCCCUCCAGGACCCCCGCAAGAAACAGCCCGAAGAGUCUGGAAGCUUUAUUCCAGGAUGUCUCGGAGGGCAUCCACCGACGGACAGAAACCUGGGGCGUAGCUAAAGCUGUGCGCGGGGCCGUGAGCGAAGCAAAAAGAAACAUGCAGACGAUACAGGCAGAACACAGACCACCGACCACGAGGCAUACGAGUAUACCUGCAAUGGUUACCCCUAACGAACCGACCAACGAGCAAGUGCCUCGGGGGACCGGGGAACUUGUCCUUCUGCAGACUAAGCUAGACGCUCUUGAGGAGAGGAAUAGAAUGCUUGGGAAGAAACUGAGCCAUGCUUUGAAGGAUAUUCGCUCCUCAGCCAAGACCAGCGAGGCACAGGAGGCACUGACGGACGACUCCAUGAAGAAAGCCCUUGCCGAAAUCCAGUCCGUCCAGACAUGUCUUGAAGACCCUACUGCUCCCCUUGAACGCGAGACGUCUCCAGCUACAAGUCGUGAUUCGCGCCCUGCAAAGCAAGAUUCUACAAUAAGCCAACCCACGACUACCGAACUUAAGCCCAAGGAUACAAAAGAUGAGAAGGAGGAUUCCGCCGUGACACCUAAACAGCCCCAAGCAUCAACCAAACAUCAUCCCAAGACCAAACCCACGGAAAUAAUGCCACGACGCCCAGAAUCCCGCCCACCAUUGGCAGAGUCCGAGUUUUCGUGGAUGCUAGGUGGCAGUGAACAGAUGUCGAAGUUCGUGAGCCCUGUGUCCGUCCCACCCGAGCAAAGUCGUCACGGCGAGGCCAAGACCAAGACCAAGAAGACUACGAAGAAUUCCCUUUUCGGUAAUGGUGAAGAAGAACCAAAAGGCGCGAGGAAAGAACCGGAUAGCCUAGCUAUGGAGAGUCUUCGUGGCUCUAAAGGCCGGGACGAAUAGCCUGUUCCUAAUUUUUCUUUUCUUUUCUUUUCUCUCUCUCUCUCUGUUCCAUUUUGCCUCUACCAGAUCUUUGUGUUGUGUUUGCCCCUCCCAUCCGAUAUACCCGGGCCGAAAGAGAUACAUACACUGCCCGCAUGCUAUUUCCUUUAACCAUAUCAGGCUAGAUGGUCCAUUGAAGCGCUUAUGGAUCAGAAGUACAACUGAGACAAUGUAUAGAAUUCGGCAUGAUUUUUUUUCCUUUUUCUCGGUUAGAAUUUUCCAUGAUUUCCUCAGGGAAUAGGUGUGAAUAACAAAGCACAAUCCACCGUAUCAGCAAGACACUGCAGUGAAACACUUGGACCGAAUGACAAUGAUCAUGAAGCUUAGAGGGGAAACAUGGCUUAGUGACUGAUCUACACUGUCGAUCAUAAGGUCUGCUGUCAGAUUUCUUUAUCUUGACAAUUAUUCUAGAUUCGGUUAUCUG